GUCUGCGUGCAUCGACAAAUCCCUUUUCGGCGCAUUGGUCAUUAGCAGAUACGCGUUUUUCCUUGCACUAGCAGCGCGACGACCAAAGCUCAGAAGUCGCCGCAUGUUUAAAACGUGUGGCGCUGACGUAUUCGCAUGUUCUAUCGGUGACUGCAUGGUGGUCGGUGUUCAUUGAAGUACACAAUGAAAGUGAGCGCCAUUUCCUGCUGGAGAAGGUGUACUGCUUAACCUUUCGACUAUACGACGACACGUCAAACAGUGAACAGCACGCGUCAGCAAUUCUGUUAGAUUAAUGCUUUAACAGAAGUUAUCCUACAGGACGCUAGAAGAGUGUCGACUGUUGCAACAGCACCGACAACAAUACUGUUUGGCGAAAUCAGUGGCGGGCCAAAAUGAGACUGCUGAUAGUGAUUUGCUUAGUCUUAACUACGAUUGAGUGUGCCGCAGCCGGCAGUGGCGGAAAGAAAAAAGAAUUCAGCAAGUACUCGAAGGAGGCUAAUGAAAAGCUACGACCCCAUCACGAUCCUAACAAACUGAAACGUGCUACCAGUCACAAUAGAAAUGCUAACGGUGAAAAUGAUACCGCCGUAACUGGGAGACCAGCGGAGAACAGCUCGACGGAUGGUUAUGACGGGCCACCAAAAAACUAUUCGACAUCAACUGAACGUCUGUUCCGAAUGCAGAAAAUUCAGAAUAUUUGGCAGAAAGGCCAAAAGAUACUGAACGAGAUGAAAUUGAAAGCGCUGUUUCAUGACCUCAAAACUCACGACAAACGCGAGGUAGAGUUCAAGAAGAUUAAGGCGCGGGGCAAGGACAAGGAUGGCUUGCAAGAGGCAGGUCUAAGAGCCCAGUUAUCUGCCAUAGUGGAGAGCUAUGGUUUGUUAGGAAGUUUUCCCGAGCACGAAGUUCGUGCGGAGGACGGCUUUCAGAUUGACCGCAUGUUCAAGGAUAAGAAACUUAAUAAGCUGUGGAACAAGAUUGAGGAGGCUGGUCUUGAUGAAAAAGAAAUGAAGAUUCUCAAAGAAGAACUUGAACAUCAUCAAACGAAGGUCGACCAGUACUACGCUUUUGUGGAUAACUUGCAUGAACGAAGAGAGAAGACCUCAGAGGUAGAAAACUCUGUAGAACAUUUUCUUGAAGACGAAGUAGUAACAGGCGAGCAUGACCAAAAGAAAAAGAAUUUAAGAGGAAAAGAUCGAGUAAAGAACAAAAGUAUUUCUAAUGAAAAUGAAAGCCAACGAAUAGAAAAGAUUCGUGUGAAGCACCUGGAAUUGAAAGAUGACUUCGACACUUUGGCCGAUAAAGUGAGAGCCAAGCUCAGUGAACAAGAAUUCACUAAUGCAAAAGCUGUGAGGCUCUGGGAAAUGGCCAAGAGAGCUGAUUUUACCAAAGAAGAACUCAGCUCGCUUCGUGCAGAACUGAAUCAUUUCGAACACAGGAUGAACAAGCUGCAUUAUUUCACAAGCGAACUCGAAUCGAAACAGAAUCCCGACGAAGCAAGACCACUAAAGAACAAGGUUGCGGAACUUCAACAUAAGAUUGAGAAGAUUCACAACGAACUGCGGGGCAGAAUUGCACGACGAACUGAGCUCUGAUGGUAAUUUAUACCGGCAUUUUACCACCAUAGGGGCAUCGUAGAUAACCAUAUUCUUUGACAUCGCAGUGCUUAGAUUAGACGAAAAAUAUUAGCCGAAAUAUGUUUCGGCUUUCGAGAUAUGAUCGAGUUGUUCCGAUCUUGUCCAAAUGACAACGGUUGCUUCCCUCCGGUCGUGUAACAAUAAAGAACUGAAAAAAGAUCAGUAUUGACAACAGUCAGUACUGCUAAGCAGAGGUAGAUUUAUUUUUGUUUUUAAAGACCAAUAUUUAAGCUAAGAGUUUACAUUAUCAUUGCUAAUAUUCAACGCGAAGUUAUAUGCAUAUGUGUUAACGUGAGUGACUGACUGACUGACUGACUGACUGACUGAUUCGUUCCAUGAAUUACGUGCCAGAAAAACGUGGCAAAGUCUGUUCGUGGCAUUGCUCAAAAACAAAGCUUAACGGGUGCUUAAAUUGGCUAUAUUAGCUUGGAUACAUUGCCAAAUUUACGGUGAUAUAGUAAACGAAAAUUGGCUAUAUGAUAUUGAACAAUAUGUAAUCAUUUACAUAAUAAGAAUGAAAAGAAACUUAAUCUAAUGUUAUCAGUACUAUGUGUGCGUUUUAACAUUAGAAUUUAACUAUAUAGAAAAACAACGUCAUCAUUUUAGUAUGUAAGCACAUAUGUAUACAAAAAUACCGAAAUAUAGACAAAUGUUAUUGAGCUAGCUGGUGUUUAUUUAUUCAAUGUUUCAUAUUGCUGUUACCUGCAGACCUGCACAAAACAGAAGACGAUUUCAUAGACAGAUGCUAUAUUUGAGCUGAAACAAACUCUAUAUAAACAAACGGCGACCAAUAAUGUAUAAAGAAAAAUAAAUAAAAGGAACGUGAGUAAUGGUUAAUUAUA